AUGGCUGACCUUCCAAAGAGUGUCGGCUGGAUCGGCCUGGGCCUGAUGGGUUUACCCAUGGCAGGCAACCUUCUCAAGAAGAUGAGCAAUGACACUCAGUUCUACAUAUACGACGUUGUGCCGGAUGCCGUCAAACGGCUUGUUGAAGAAGGACAGGGCAGAGUGCAUGCCUGCGUAAGCUCACGAGAGGUCACUGACAAGUCCGACUUAGUCCUGUCGAUGGUACCUGAAGGCAGCCAUGUCCGUGCUGUAUACCUUACCCCAGAAAUGGGCGUAUUAGCUGGCGACGUCGGCUCGAAGGUAUUGAUUGACUGCUCUACAAUCGAUACUGGAACAUCGCUUGCCGUACGUGAUGCUUGCGCUGAACAGCACCCACGGGCCAGGUUUUACGAUGCGCCAGUCUCCGGUGGAGUGCUUGGCGCCGACAAGGCAACAUUGACGUUCAUGCUCGGUUGUGCAGAAGACGACGCAAACGUAAGCUUACUGAAACAGCUGCUUGGCAUGAUGGGUGGCAAUAUAUUCUGCUGUGGUGGGCCUGCUUUGGGUCUGACAGCUAAGCUUUGCAACAACUACUGCAGCGCUAUGAUCUCGAUUGCUACCAGCGAAGCUAUGAACAUUGGCAUGGCGUCGGGUAUGGAUCCACGUGUACUGGCGAACAUCUUCCAUACGUCGACCGCCCAGUCAGCGAUCCUUGAUGAUUGGUGUCCUGUACCGGGGCUGUGCCCCGAUGCUCCAUCGAGCAAAGGUUACAAGGGUGGCUUCCGCAUUGGUCUGAUGAGGAAGGACGUUGGGCUUGCCGUAGAUACUGCAGAGAGGGUUGGCGUGAAGCUCGCGCUAGGCCACGAGGGUUUGAGGGUGUACGAUGAGGCGAGCAAAGAUCCUAAGUGCGAAGGCUUGGACUCGAGAGUGGUCUAUCGCUAUCUUGGCGGGAAGGAAAACUGGAGGGAAAGCUUCCCGGAAGAGGUGCCAAUGGUGAGGGACGAGAAGCGGAGGUUGCUAAAGAAGGCGAGGGAGAUGGGGUUGUAA